AUCUUAUAAGAAAAAUGCUUCUCUCACAUACUAAUUUUAGGAUUUAAGUAUUAAUGAUGGCAUUACAGCUCCAUUUGUCUCUUUUGUUUAAUUUUUUACCCUAAGAUCUGCAUCCCAUUUGUGGAAUAUUGAUCUGAAAUCCAAACCCCAAAAGGCAGAAAAGGCCUAACUUAAUUUUGGAAGGCUGGUUUUUCCAAUGGCUGCUGAUGAUUUCUCUUCCAAAUUUCUCCAUAAUUGAAUCCUUCUAUUCCAGAUUACCUUUUUGGUUCAUUGUCUUCUUUCACAAAACAUGAACCUCACUACUCUUGUUUUCUGGAUCAUCCAGAUCUCCAUCCAUGGAGUCGGAGUUUUUUCUAAAACGAAAGCGCCAGACGUUUCUGCAUUGAAUGUGAUGUUUAGUAGUUUAAAUUCACCUUCACAACUCACUGGUUGGGGGUCAAGUGGGGGUGAUCCAUGUGGAGAUUCUUGGGAAGGGAUAAAAUGUUCAGGAUCAUCCGUCACAGAAAUAAGUUUAUCAGAUUUUGGACUAAGUGGAUCAAUGGGUUACCAGCUUUCAAAUUUGGCAUCUGUCACCUACUUUACAGUGAUUUGAGCAAGAACAGCCUCAGUGGUGAUAUCCCCUACCAACUUCCCCCUAAUGCAGUUCACAUUGAUCUUUCUGGGAACAGUUUCACUGGUAGUGUGCCAUAUUCAAUAUCUCAGAUGACUGAACUUGAAUUUCUAAAUCUUGGUCAUAACCAGCUUAGCAAUCAACUGAGUGAUAUGUUUGGCAAGCUGGCUAAACUCAAAAGGCUGGAUUUGUCCUUCAACAAAAUUUCAGGAAACUUACCUCAAAGUUUUAAGAAGCUUUCAAGCCUUACCGUAUUGCAUAUACAAGACAAUAAAUUUUCAGGUUCAAUCAACGUUCUUGCUGACCUUCCACUUGAUGAUUUGAAUGUUGCAAAUAACAAAUUCACUGGUUGGAUUCCUGACAGUCUCGAAGAUAUAGAUAAUUUGGAAACUGUAGGAAAUUCUUGGUCAACUGGACCCGCACCACCUCCACCACCAGGGACGGUAUCUCCAACGAGCAAGAAGUCGAACAAGGAGGAGUCGAACAAGAAUUCGGCAGUGAAAAGUGGGUUAGUGAUAGCAGGAAUAGCAAUGGGAGUAUUAGCAGUAAUAGCAGUAGUGAUUGGAAUGACAUCAAAAAGGAGGAGGCAUGUAUCUCAUUAUCUUGAUGAAGACACAAGCCAACACAGAUCAUUCACUCCACUCACUUCCCAAGAACUCUCAAAGGGUAAUGAUAGUAAUAAUAAUAAUGGGAUUGAUAGAAAAUCCUUCAAUUCAGAUGCUUCUAUUGACAUAAAAAGUGGUGUUAGUGUGGUUAGACCACCACCAGCUCCUUUAGAUCCUGUUCGGUCCUUCAGUGAUAAUCAGUUUGCAACCCGUCUGAAUUCGAGGACGAGAAGCACUUCGUUUCGUGCAACUUCUUAUUCAUUGGUUGAUUUGCAAACCGCCACUGCUAAUUUUGCUCCCGCUCGACUUCUUGGUGAGGGUACUAUUGGACGUGUUUACAAGGCCAAGUUUGGAGAUGGAAAGGUAUUGGCAGUGAAGAAGAUAGAUUCAUCAGUUUUUCAAGGGAGGAGAACAGAGGAGUUCAGUGAAGUAGUAACAAUAAUUUCAAAACUUAAUCACACAAACAUAGCAGAAGUUGUUGGAUAUUGUUCAGAGCAGGGACAUCAUUUGUUGAUUUAUGAAUUUUUCCCCAAUGGUUCACUUCAUGAGUUUCUUCAUAUGUCUGAUGACUUCAGUAAACCACUCACUUGGAACACCAGAGUCAGAAUUGCUUUGGGGACUGCAAGAGCUCUCGAGUAUCUUCACGAAGUUUGCUCGCCAUCCAUAAUUCACAUGAAUAUCAAGUCCUCUAAUAUAUUGCUUGAUGCCGAACUUAAUCCUCGUCUCUCGGACUACGGUUUGGCAACAUUUUAUAAGAGUAGAAGCCAAAACCCUGGAGGUGGAUAUGAGGCUCCAGAAUGCAGUACAAAGGGUUCAAGUUAUACUCUGAAGAGUGACAUUCACAGUUUGGGAGUGGUGAUGUUGGAAUUGUUGACGGGCCGGAUGCCUUAUGACUCGAGUAAGGCAAAAGUGGAACAAUGUCUAGUGAGAUGGGCAACACCACAACUGCAUGACAUAGAUGCGUUGGACAAAAUGGUGGAUCCUGCAUUGAGAGGCUUAUAUCCACCAAAGUCGGUGUCUAGAUUUGCAGAUAUAAUUGCCCUUUGCGUUCAAUCAGAGCCCGAAUUUAGGCCUCCAAUGUCCGAAGUGGUUCAAGCCUUGGUCACUUUGGUUCAACGUUCCAGUAUGAAUAUGAGAGAUGAUCUUGGAAACUCCCGACGAAUGGAUGAUUAUGACUAUUAAUCCUUUUUUUUUUCCUUCACUUUUUUUUCCUUCUUUUACACUCUUUAAUUAAGUCUCUACUUGCACACAUUAUAUAUUCUAGUAUUUCAUUUAUUCAAUGCAAACACUACUUUCACAUUCAUUUAGAGAUUUAAUUAGUCGUUCUAUUCCCACCUCCAUCAUAAUACAUAAUCCAUCUUUUCCCUUUUUGUA